AUGGAGUUCGAGGAAGGGUCGGAUGGGGGAUCUGAUGGAGGAGAGAGCCUUGUGAGGAUGAGAAGCCUCAUGGACGACGACCUGGAGGAACUCAAAGGAGGGCUUCUGAGUCUGUACGAAGCUUCCUACAUCGAGAAGGAAGGAGAGGCUGUGCUAAAGGAAGCCAUGGAUUUCGCGACUGAGCAGCUGAAAGAAUUCAUGGAGGAAGGAUCUGUUCCUGAGGCUGGCGAUCUCAGAGAUCAGGAUGCGUACAAGAGUGAACUCAAAGAGCUCUCCAGAUGGUGGUCCGGGCUCGGGCUUUCAGAGAAGCUGCCAUUUUCUAGGAACAGAUUAACUGAGGGCUAUCUGUGGACAGUUGUGAUUGAUGAUAUUUACGAUGUUUAUGGAACCUUGGAUGAACUCCAGCUCUUUACUGAUGUCGUUGACAGAUGGGACUUAACUGCCAAGGACAAGCUUCCAGAGUACAUGAAACUAUGUUUCUUUGCACUCUUCAACAUGGUGCACGAAGAAGGCUACUGGGUGAUGAAGGAGAAAGGCUUGGACAUUGUGCCUGGCUUAAAGAAAGAAUGGGGAAAUUAUGCAAAGCAUACUUUGAGGAAGCAAAAUGGUUCCACCAUGGACAAACUCCCAAGCUCCAAGAGUACUUGGAGAAUGGUUCUUUAUGGUGCUGAUUUUGACACUGGGGGGUUUUCAGUUGUGGCUUUCUCAAAGAGUGAUCCUCUGCGAAGGGGUAAAGUUGCUGAAGGUAUAGAUUUUGAUCGACACUAUGGAAGACUUGUUAUCAUGUUUGGGGUUCCUUUCCAAUAUACACAGAGUAGUUGA